AAAAAAGAAACGCACACACAAACUCUCUUUUCCGCUCGCCCUUUUUCCCCCUUUACUAAAAUAAAGUACCGGCGCAUCACAUAUCGAAAUAUAUAAACACCUUUUUUUUUUUUUUUUUUUUUUUGGCUCUCCUUUCGUCUCGAAAUUAUUAAAUCGGUAUUUUGAAAAGGGGCACGUUCCCCUAACAUCCUACUGGUAUUACAACAAUGGGACCACGAGGUGCCCUUCUCCUGGUUGGUUUGCAAAAUGAAUUCCUUGACCCCCACAUGGGUCGUUGUCUCAUGACCCCCCCGGAGCCCGGCAAGCCGUCCUUUGUCGAUAACAUCAAAAAUUUCCUCCCUCAUUUCCGCGCAAGGGGUGGCGACGUCAUCUGGGUACGUUCCGAGUAUAGAAAACCACGUGAUUGCGAGGAUCCCAGGAACGAUGAGGUUGUACUUCUUGUCGACGAUGAGGGGUAUUAUGUGGAUGAGGAGGAACAAGAACCUCUACCGGAGGCUAAUACUCAAGAGGGCGCUAGAAGGAAGGGUAAGAGUGCCACUACUCUUAAACACGAUGGACAAUUAUCCCCUUCCACCGCCAAGCGCAGCAACACCACAGCAGAAGAAAAUUAUGUUGGCCCCCCCCAGUUGCAUACCGACGCAUUUCUAGCUAUUGAGAGUGACAAUCCUCCUUGCGCUCCUUCUUCAAUUGAGAGUGAAUUCUAUCCUCCGCUACUUCCCGUGAUACAGACACCUCCGGACCGGGUCUUGAUAAAGACUUGGUUCUCCGCAUUUAAAGACACGAAGCUUCUCGAGACUUUGAGGGGGAGAUUUAUCACGGAACUCUAUCUAUGUGGGACCAUCGCAAAUGCCUGCAUUCUCGCUACAGCUGCUGACGCUGCAAAGCAUGGGCUCGAGGUCACCAUCUUGACGGACUGUGUGGGCUACCGAAGUGAGAUGGCACGUGAUAGAGCUAUGCGAGUUAUGAUUGAUGAUUUUGCUGUUGAGGAGGUUCGGAGUACCCUGCUGGCCAAAAGUUGGGAGAAGACAAGAAACAAAUCGAAAGGAGCAACUGGGCCAGCCCAUGCUGGCGUUUCAGGAAAGGUGGAAAAGUUGCUCGAAGUUGAUACCGAGAGCUCUGGUUAUGAAAGGGGGGACUAUGAUUAUGAACGAACGAGUGAGCUUGGAGAGCUGAGGCUGGAUUCUCUUUCGCUGAAAGACGGCGAUGCACCUCAGCCACCGGAUUCUGGUGAGUCAGCCGGGGCAGCGGUUGAGGGAGGGGCAGAAUCUCCUGUUCCUACCUCUCCCAGCCCAACCUCUGCCAAACCUCAAUCGCCCAUUCAGGAUAAAAAUCCGAUAGAAAGGGCUCCCGCAACCAGAGAACCGGUGCUGCGUAAGCCUAGAAUGGCUAGCCGCAAUAAAAAGUUCCAGUCGAAAGCGCCUGUCCUGGGCCAGGGUGAUGUGUUGGGUGAGGGUGAUUCCGAGGUGGUGAAUAACAUUCUACCGGCAGAUCUAGCGGAUGUGGCAUUUGAAAGAUUGAAGAAGGAGGUUGCAUGGAGGAGCAUGUAUCAUCGUGGGGGGGAGGUUCCACGGUUGGUUGCUGUUGAGGGAGAAAUUAGUGAUGAUGGGAGUUUCCCCAUCUACCGCCAUCCAGCUGACGAAUCCCCUCCUCUGCUACCUUUCUCAGACACUGUUGGACUCAUUCGGGAGUAUGUCCAAAGGGUGCUUAAGCAACCAGUCAAUCACGUUCUGAUCCAACAUUACCGAGAUGGAAAUGAUUAUAUCUCAGAGCAUUCUGACAAGACUCUGGACAUCGCGAAGGGAUCCAAGAUAGUCAAUGUGAGUUUGGGAGCUCAAAGGGUCAUGAUUCUACGCACCAAGAAGGACCAAGGAAAGCCAGAUGAAUCCUCUGGUGCGGAAACGAACCCCGAUAAAUGUAAAACGAAAGAAUCGGCACCACAAUCCUCACAACGACCAACCCAACGGAUUCCUCUCCCUCAUAAUUCAAUGUUCGUUCUUGGUCUCGAGAGCAACAAAAAGUGGCUUCACGGAAUCAAGCAAGAUAAACGCGCGGAAUUUCUUAAGACUCCCAAAGAACUAUCCUAUAACGGCGAACGGAUUUCUCUAACCUUCCGACAAAUAGCUACUUUCCUUUCGUCAGACGAAAAGACUAUAUAUGGCCAAGGAGCUACCUCUAAGUCCGAGCAUGAGCCACGGGAGGUCAUAAACGGCGAGGGACCUGAAGCCGAAAAGCUUCUAGAAGCUUUCGGCUCCGAAAACCAUCAAAGCGAUUUCGAUUGGGACACCUAUUACGGCGCCGGCUCGGACGUCCUCCACUUGAAGGAACAGGUCCCAAAGCUCUUCUUUGUUAGAAACGAUCCUGGCGGUCUGCGGGUGAAAAUCUGCCUCCAUGAGAAGGGGAUACGAUUCGUCGACCAUGAACUUAAGAUCACCGAGGCGCAGGACGAGACUCAAACGCCUUCCUUCCUAACCCUUAGUCCACAUGGCCACACUCCGGUGUUCAUAGAUAUUGACAAAGAGAAAACUACUGUCUGCGAAUCUCUCGCCAUUAUCCAAUACCUAGAAAUGUUCUACCCCUCAAAAGAGGAUAAGUGGCUACUCCCAUCGUUAACAGACGAGCGCGCAGCCUUUGCCCGUGUCCUGCAGCGAAUGCAAGAAUCCGAACAGCUUGCGACUGUCUUGAAACAUUCGCACGACGAAGGGGCCGUGGAGCGGGAAUUCGCGAUAUGGGAAGAAUAUCUUUCCAAAGCCGGGGGACAAAUUGCAGGAGACGAGUUUUCCCUCGCAGAUAUAGCAGCGUUUCCCGUUAUCGAUCAAUUUGUAAAGAGGACUGGAUACAAGAUUGCUAAGUGGCGUGAAAUUGAGGCCUGGUUGACCAAUAUGGGGUAUCGGGAAAGUGUUAGGGCUACCCGGUAGAGUUCUGGGCCGGGUGCCGCGGAAUGGACUCGAGAUGUUUUUCUUUUUCCGUUACUCGCUUCCAUUUCUUUCUUUUUUCCUUUUUUCCUUUUUCCUUCUCUGUUCUUCCCGGGGGCGCGCGGAUGGCCCCUUUAUCCUUUAUUGAAUAAAAUCGAAUUGGUACCAACGAUCGGAGGGAGAAUAGCUGUUUUUAUAGCUUCCUUUUACUUUCUUAGCCACGAUAUUAUAUGCCAAAUCUGUCGAGACUAGUCAUAAGAAGUGCCUCCGCAAUUUUGCGAUGGGUCUUUAACUGGAGGACUCAAAGAGAAACACACCGUUAGGGUGUGGUGUCAUAAUGUUGAUGUUCAUACAAAUAAUCCCUGUUUCACCAAAGUUGCAUGAACAUACUCGCCUCACUUUUUGCUCUUAUUGUGAACUGCCGUAGCAGAACAAUUAUGGGAGAGGAUAUUUGGCUCUGCUUGUUAGUUUUAAAAAUGGAGGCUUUUUAGGAUUUGUUCGGAGUUUCUGUUGCAAAUUCAAUUUUUUGACGUAGA